UGAGCACUAUGCUUUCCCAUGAAGAAAAAAGAUUAUUUUAGUGGAAGCUAGUGUCUUCUUCGCCAUUCAUGUUCAAAAGCGCAUAUAGAUACUCAGGGAAUUAGAGACACGUAUUUUGAGACAUUAGACAGAGAGAGAGAGAGAAUGGCUUCAGUCGAUGUAUUUACCAUGGAUGAGCACGUCAUAACGGCUACUCCGUCGUUUGAUAACGGCGGAUACUCUUCCUUCUCUGCCGACGCGCCACCGUACCAAUCAGCCGGGGGAUUUCCGGGAGAGUACGAUGAAGUGACAGUGGAGCACUUCCCUCAGUCCGUCCACAGUCCCGAUCCCUAUGGAUUCGGGUCGGAUCCGCACCCAGCUUUGGUUUCUAACGGCAAUGAAAAUCCAUAUGAUCUCGGAGAAGAUUCCGCCGGAAUAUUCAUCUCUGAUGGCCCGGUGCUUCCUCCUCCGCAUGAAAUGCAUGAGGCGGGCUUUGCCCUGCGUGAAUGGCGAAGGCAAAAUGCAAUUCGGCUUGAAGAGAAGGAAAAGAAAGAAAAGGAAACCAGAAACCAGAUUAUUGAAGAAGGGGAAGAGUACAAGGAAGCUUUCUAUGAGAAAAGAAAGCACAAUAUUGAGACUAAUAAGACCAAUAACAAGGAGAAGGAGAAGUCAUACCUGGCGAAUCAAGAGAAGUUCCAUAAAGAAGCCGAUAAACAGUAUUGGAAAGCCAUAGCUGAACUGAUUCCUAACGAGGUGCCCAAUAUCGAGAAGAAGGGGAGAAAGAAGGAUCAAGAGAAGAAGCCAUCUGUUUCGGUCAUCCAAGGGCCGAAACCUGGAAAACCUACUGAGCUUUCAAGGAUGCGCCAAAUACUGGUGAAGCUUAAGCAUAACCCGCCCGCUCACAUGCUACCGCCCCCUCCCACCCUGGCCAAGGAUGCAAAAGAUGCUGCCAAGGAUUCUAAAGAUUCAGCUCCCACAUCAGAAGAUCCUGCAACCAUUGCCAUUGAUCAACCUUCAAGCUAAGCAUAUACUUAUCCAUUUGCUACUUCAUUAAUCAUUGUCUGAAUUUUGUACUACUUUGGGUUUCAAAGAUUGGUGUCAUUCUAUGAUUAUAUUGAUUAUAGGCCAUUACUAGCUGCAUUCUCUCAUUCAGAUCAUAAAGGUUGUCUUUUACUGUUCAUAUUUAUUUGUUUGUGGAAUUGAGGUUCAUCUUACAAUUCUACUAGCUUCAAAUUUCUCAAUAUGCAAUUGAUUGUAUUA